AUGUUGCGGUCGUCGGCUUCGGCCGUCGUCCCGCUCGUCGCCGUUGCGAUGCUGCUAGCCGGCUUCUCUGUGGCUAUGGAGGAGGAAGUCGUCACGUGCUCCGGCGUGGUUCUGAUGAGCGACUGCGUGGACAGGAUCUCCAUCAUGGACUUCGGUAGUGUCGGCGAGGGGCGGACGCCGAACACCAAGGUGUUCGGGGAGGCCGUGUACCAGAUUCGGCACCUGCACCGGCCCGGCGGCAUGCUGCUAUACGUGCCUUCCGGGGUGCACUUGACGGAGAGCUUCAACCUCACAAGCCACAUGACGCUUUACUUGGCCAAAUUCUACUCUUCGGUACGAACGGAGGCUGACGGAGAGGAGUGCGCUGCUGGGCCGAGGGGGAGAUGGGUGUUGGGUGGGAUGUCAAACGAGUUGAGCUUGGGGAGUUGGUGGCGGUGGCAGUAUGCAACGAGCGGUGCGAGUCUUUCGGCGGCAUAG